AUGGGCCGUCGUGCGAAGAACAAGCAGGCACCGCCAGUGCCUAUACAAGACACUACUCCUCGGCCCUCUGCGAAAAAGCUCGGCAAGCGGAAAGCCGAUGCAGAUGCAGAUGUUAAGGAGAGCAUCGGCAAACGACCAGCAAAGAAGUUACGGGAAAAUCAUGAGCUUCCGACGAAGCCUGCGGUCGGGAAGGCAAGGGCUGGACUGGCAGAGAAGGUGACGAAGCCUGCGAACAAGCCAAAGCCAAAGAGACGGAAGGACGAGGAAGACGAGGAAGACGCCGAAGCGGGGAGCAGCGAAGGAUGGGAGGGUGUGCCAGAGGAUGGAGAUCUUAAAGCCAAAGCAAAAUCGCUCUUCCACGACAGUGACAACGAAGGGGUAUUCGUCGGUGACCUGGAAGACCUAGAUGUAGACGGGGAAGAUGGCGAAGACGACGACCUCUUACGAGGACCAGCCCAAGAGCUUGACCUGGGCUCAGACGACGAAGAGCUGGAAAUCGCACCGUCUAAGUCAAAAGGCAAGAAGUCAAAACAGCACGAACGACCCGCCAAAAUUAUCCCCACUGCGUCAGACGAGUCUUCAGACGACGAAGAUGACGAAGACGGGCCUACCACCAUGGCGAACAUGGAGGCUCGUUCCAGAGCUCUGGACGCGCAAGCAGCGCGCGAAGCUGAGCUUGAUAUUGAGGAAAUGCAAAACGCGGCACAGGCCGGCGAGGAUGAUGAUGAGUUCGCGGACGCAGACGAGGAGGAGGAUGAGGAGAUGGGUGGGGAGGGUGAGGACGUCGAGGGUUUCCAUCUGCCAACAGCAGAGGAGAGAGAAGACGAGAAGAAGAGCGGCGGUCCCGAUGUGCAUACAGUACAGAGACGCAUGCGCGAAUGCGUGCGUGUGCUGAGUAACCACAAGAAACGCGCCGCUCCAGGACGAUCUCGCACCGAAUAUGUCCAGCAACUCAUAUCUGACAUUGCGAGCUACUAUGGCUACAAUGACUUCCUUGCAGAGAAACUCUUCCAGAUGUUUCCCGCAAUCGAAUUCUUCGAAGCCAACGAAGUCCCUCGACCAGUCACCAUAAGGACCAACACCUUACGCACUCGCCGGCGGGAUCUUGCCCAAGCGCUCGUCAACCGAGGAGUUAACCUCGAACCCAUUGGCAAAUGGACGAACAUCGGUCUGCAGGUCUUCGAGAGUAGCGUACCCAUCGGUGCGACCCCGGAGUACCUCGCAGGCCACUACAUGCUCCAAGCUGCUUCUUCGUUCCUCCCUGUCAUUGCCUUGUCGCCGCAGCCCGGGGAGCGGGUGCUGGAUAUGGCGUCCGCUCCUGGUGGUAAGACGACGCACAUGGCAGCGUUGAUGGAGAACACGGGCGUGGUAUUCGCAAACGAUGCCAACAAGGCUCGCACGAAGAGUCUCACGGCAAACAUCCACCGUCUGGGAUGCAAGAACGUCGUCGUGUGCUCGUAUGAUGGAAGGGAGUUUCCCAAGGUCAUGGGCGGCUUCGACCGUGUGCUUCUGGAUGCGCCGUGCAGCGGUACCGGUGUUAUAAGCAAGGAUGCUAGCGUGAAGACGAACAAGUCCGACCGCGACUUCGCACUGCUCUCCCAUUUGCAGAAGCAGCUCAUCCUCUGCGCCAUCGACAGCGUCACGCCCGAUUCGAAGACAGGCGGUUACCUCGUCUAUUCGACGUGCUCCGUCACGGUUGACGAGAAUGAGGCCGUCGUGGACUACGCCCUGCGCAAACGGCCGAACGUCAAGCUCGUGGACACCGGGCUCGAGUUCGGCCGGCCAGGGUACACGAGCUUCCGCGGGAAGAACUUCAACGAGAAGGUCAGCCUGACCAGGCGGUUCUACCCCCACGUGCACAACAUGGAUGGGUUCUUCGUGGCGAAGUUCAAGGUCGACAAGCGCCAGAAGGUGAAGGCACGUCCGGAUGAGGGUGGGGCAGAUGUUAAGGGAGGAGACGCCAUGGAUGUAGAUAUGGACGCGGAGGAGACGAGGUUCGAUAGCGAUGAGGACAAGCCGUACCUCGAAGAGGCCAAACGCAAGCGGAUCAAGGCGAAGGGCCUGCGUCCACCUCCGAGAAGCAAACCGGCGGAACCGACACCUAUUGCCGUGAAAGCAGCCGCAUAA